AUGAUCUUCUUAUUAUUACCACUUUUAGUAUUUUCACAGGAGUGUGUUCUCAGAGAUAUAAACUACUCAAAAUUAACUAAACCAAAAAAUGAUCCAUACCUUCUCUCUUAUCCACUUUACACUUUCAAUUUUAAUAUCUGUGGGCCAGUAGAUGAUGAUGGUAAUGUUGCAAUUGCUAUUGCUGAAGAUGUUACUUAUUCACUUGGUAAAUACUCAACUCAAGAACCAUUUACUGAUAAUAAUGGUAAUGGUUUUAAAUAUACUGGAGGGUCUAGAAGUAGAUCUGGAGAUUUGUGGAGUUCAUCCAUUUAUAUAAAGUGUGAUAAUACAGUGACAAAAGAUAUUAUCCAAGUUUCAACUGCUGAUUUUGAUAAGGCUUCUGUUAGUUUUGAAAUCAGAGGACCUUCUGCUUGUAUUGUUGAAGAAACCAAAAAGUCUCUUUCACCUGUUGCAAUUAUUUUUAUUAUUAUUGCUGUAAUUGUUUGUGUUAUUCUUAUCAUAUUUGGAUCAUGGUGUCUUGUUAACUUUAUUCUUGGAAAAAGAGGAGUUGCUGUUCUUCCAUUAUAUAGCAUUUUCCAUAAACAACAAGAUAAAUUCUCUAGUGAAAAAGCUAAUUUAAUUUAA